AUGCCUGGCCCCGUAGACCCAAAGACGCCGACAGAAUCCUCGCCGAGGCAAUCGCCUCGCAUCGAACUCCCCGAGGAAGAAGAGACCUCCCUGCGGACGGACGGCCAGACCAGCCCCGGGUUAAGGAACAGUAAAGGAUGGGACGGAAAGCUAAGAGUCCAGCGCACCGCCGUACUCGCCAACCCCGAGGUCCUCUCGGAUCCUGAAUCGGAUGACGAGAAUGUCAUCCCCGGCGAGGAGCUCCCCGCCGACGAAGAUCUCCUCGACGGUGAAGACCCAGAAACCGACGAGCUCAUUGUUUCCCAUGCCCGCGUCUCCUCCAUCACCGCCCUCCGCCUGGAGCGCUUCCAAAAGGUCGUCCGCCUUUGUCUCCGCCAGAACUCGAUCCAGUCCAUCGAUGGCCUCUCGCCCCUCGCCUCAACUCUCGAGGACCUCGACUUCUACGACAACCUCAUCUCCCACAUCCGCGGCCUCGACGACCUCGUCAACCUCACCUCGCUCGACCUCAGCUUCAACAAGAUCAAGCACAUCAAGCGCGUUAAUCACCUGACGAAGCUCAAGGAGCUUUUCCUCGUCGCCAACAAGAUCAGCACUAUCGAGAACCUGGAGGGCCUCGACAACCUCACUUCCCUCGAGCUCGGCUCCAACCGCAUCCGAGUUCUGCAGAACCUCGACUCUCUCAAGAACCUCGAGGAGCUCUGGGUUGCCAAGAACAAGAUCACCGAGCUCACCGGUCUCGGUGGCCUCUCAAACCUGCGCAUCCUCAGCAUUCAGUCAAACCGCAUCCGCGACCUCGCCCCGCUCGCUGACGUCCCCAGCCUCGAAGAACUCUACAUGUCCCACAACGCCCUCACCUCCCUCGCCGGCAUCGAGCGCAACGAGAAGCUGCGCGUCGUGGACAUUUCCAACAACGCUGUCACCAGCAUCAAAGGCCUCGGCCCCCUCAAGAACCUGGAGGAGCUCUGGGCAAGCUACAACCAGAUUGCCGACUUUAACGAGGUCGAGAAGGAGCUGCGCGACAAGGAGCACCUCACGACCGUCUACUUCGAAGGCAACCCGCUGCAACUCAGAGGCCCCGCCGUGUACCGAAACAAAGUCCGUCUGGCCCUGCCUCAACUAUCCCAGAUUGACGCAACCUACGUCAAGACAUGA